UCGGUGUUUGCUGUGACCCCUGAUCAGCAAGUCGCAUCGACGCAAUCUCCUCAUAUAUAAUUCAAGUCUUUACUGUAUUAUAAAUUAAGUUGUUCCUGCUUAAUAAAGCCAGUUAUAUACUAUUACCGAGUCACCAUGGCAAACUUAGCGAAAACCCAAUUAGACGAAUUGUCUUUGAAUAAUUUUUGCGAAUAUUUGCGGAUUCCAUCAAUGCACCCAGACAUUAAUUAUGAACCCUGCAUUCAAUUUUUAAGAAAACAAGCAAAAGAUCUUGAUCUUUCUAUAAAUGUUUAUCAUGUACAUCCUAAAAAACCAAUUGCUGUGAUGUCAUGGAUCGGAACUGAACCGUCACUACCUUCCAUUCUACUAAAUAGUCACAUGGAUGUUGUUCCAGUUUUUGCCGACGAUUGGACAUAUCCUCCAUUUGAUGCGCACAUUGAUGACCAAGGUAACAUAUUCGCUCGUGGAAGCCAAGAUAUGAAAUGUGUUGGAAUUCAAUACUUAGAGGCUAUUCGUCGAAUGAAACUGGAAAAAAAACAUUGUAAAAGAACUAUCCACAUAUCUUUUAUGCCAGAAGAGGAAGUCGGAGGAGUUUUAGGAAUGAAAGAUUUUGUUCACACCCAACAUUAUAAAUCUUUAAAUAUUGGUUUUGCUCUUGAUGAAGGUGUUGCGAAUCCAAGCGAAAGCUAUUCAUUAUUUAAUGGUGAAAGAACAAUAUGGCAUGUUACAAUUCAUUGCCCUGGAAAUCCUGGACAUGGUUCUUUACUUUUGGAUAAUACUCCAGGAGAGAAACUACGUAUUAUUCUCGAUAAAAUGAUGGACUUCAGGAAAACUCAACAGGAUAAACUUUUAAAUUCAAAGUUACAAUUAGGAGACGUAACUUCGAUAAAUUUAACUAAAAUUAAAGGAGGUAUACAAGCUAACGUUAUACCAAAUAAAAUGGAAGCUACGUUUGAUAUCAGAUUGGAUCCUGAAAUAGAUCCCAUUAAUUUUGAGUCAACCUUGAAAAAUUGGUGUAAACAAGCUGGAAAUGACGUUUAUUUUACGUUUGAUGAAAAAAAUGAAGUUGUGAAAUCAACCAAGUUAGAUGAUUCAAAUAAUUUUUGGAAAGCUUUCAAAAGCACUUGUGAUAAACUUGAAAUUAAUCUAGAAAUUGGCAUAUUUCCUGGAGGAACUGACAGUCGCUACAUUAGAUCACUUGGAAUUCCAGCUAUAGGAUUUUCUCCAAUGAACAAAACAAAGAUAUUGCUGCAUGAUCAUGAUGAACAUUUGAAUAAAGAAGUCUUUUUAAAUGGGAUACGCAUUUAUGAAAAAAUUAUUUAUGCCGUAGCUAAUGUAUGAUUAUAAUUAAAUGUAUAAAAAAAAUAUUAAAGUCUCUUGUACUCAGAAACAAUAAAAAACUAUUAUUCUAUUAAAACAACCAACUGAGAGAGUGUAGUGGGAGAGAGUCGCAACGCACUAAGCGUGGUGGCCGUUACAGUGGUUAUCUGAAAUGAAUUGGGAUUUUUGCAUGAUUUCGAAGCAUUUACAUCUAUUGGUCCGUAAGGCGAUUUUUAAAUGUUCAGAGUGUAUUAUUUGUGAGUGAUGUAUUAUUAAUACAAGGUUUGCAAUCACUU